AUGGCAGUCACACUGAAGGUUACAAAUCGCUCUCCCAAAACCCCCAUCAAACGUCUCCCCACCUCGAUUGAUAUCGACGAAACGACCACGGUUCAAGAUGUCAAAGAUAGAUUGGCUAAGCAAGCCGGCGGUUGGGACCCCAAUAGAUUUGGUAUUUUCGAUCCGGAACAGAAGAAGAUUUUGAAAGAUCGGAAAGCUUUCAUUUCUCAACAUAAAGAAGUGAUCAUUGGAAAGGAAAUCUUGAUCAAGGACCUGGGUCCUCAAUUAGGCUGGCGUACCGUCUACAUAAUCGAAUACCUCGGUCCCAUCUUAAUCCAUCUUGGAUUUCCCCUCCUCCGCCCUUAUAUUUACUCUCAUCCUACUACCUCCAUUGCCCCCCUCUCGAGCUCUCAGCUGCUCUCUAUGUCGCUCAUAGUUCUUCAUUUUCUUAAACGCGAAUAUGAGACCGUCUUCGUUCACCGUUUCUCCCUGUCUACAAUGCCAGCUAGAAACAUCUUCAAAAAUUGCGCUCACUAUUGGCUUCUUAGCGGUCUCUACAUCGCCUACUUUAUAUAUGCCCCCUCAUCGUACACUGCCCUCUCAUCCUCGACAAUCGACUCUCUGAAUAUGGCUGGCGUGGCUCUAUACCUCUUUGGCGAGCUUUCUAAUCUCAAGACUCAUCUUACUCUCUCCAACCUUCGCUCUCCGGGAGGGACUGAACGUGGAAUUCCCCAGGGUUACGGAUUCUCCAUGGUAACAUGUCCCAAUUAUUUUUUCGAGACGCUCGCGUGGAUUGGUAUGAUCUUAGUGACUAAGAGUUUGAGUACGGUCAUCUUCGCGAUUGUUGGGACAGCACAGAUGCAGCAAUGGGCCGUCAAGAAGGAAAAGCAAUACCGUGUUGAUUUCGGAGACAAGUACAAGAAGAAGAGAAAUGUUCUCUUUCCUACCCCAGGAGCUUUCAUCAAGGAACUCACUGGUUAA